AUGUUCUAUUUGGCUGCUGAUUCGAACACGACGUUGGACCCGGUGACUGUAGUGUCCGCUUACGCUGUCGGGGAUUGGGGUCCACCUCUUGGUGGUGGACCAUGCUGUACUAACUACGAUUCUCAUGCCCAGAAAAUCGUCGCAACGCUCAUGGACAUCCACGCUGGUAACACUUCCAAGCCAUUGGCAAUCCUUGGUCACGGUGACAGUUUAUACUGGACGGGUAUCGAUACUCCUGAAAGCCGUGACUCGCGCUUCAAUGUGUCGUUUGAGUCCGUCUACAAUGGUGACAACAUUAAAAAUGUACCUUGGGUAAAUGUGAUGGGAAAUCAUGAUUACGGUGGUGCAGAUUACAUUUGCAAUAACGGCACUAGCCUCGUACGCUGCAACACAACAGAAGAAAUGCUUGAAGGACUCGAAUUCAAGUUUCAAGCCCAAGCGCAGUACAAGAGUCCAAACAACAAUCGCUGGGCUCUGGAGGAUGUGUUUUACACGCGUCGUAUCGAGAGUGCUACCACUGGUGUAAGCAUUGACAUCUUUAACAUCGAUAUGAAUGAUGCUGCUAUCGCUGGUUCACACGGAGUUUGUUGUCAAUGUUACGGGUACGCUAAAAACGACAGCUCUGGUUGUAAUAGUAUCGUUCGUGGCGACCAAUAUUGUUGCGGUGGAGAUAACGACAUGUACGAUACGUGCAUGGCCAAAUUCUUUGAGUGGGCCGAUGAAUCACGAAUGCGACUGGCCAAACACGCAAAAACGUCGAAUGCGACGUGGAAACUUAUAAACAGUCAUUUUAGUCCAAUUCAACACUACAAUUUAGACGGUAUGCUUAAGUGGUUUGCUGCACUGAAAGGAUCUGGUAUCCACGCUUUUAUCUACGGUCAUACCCACGGUGAGAAGCACGAUUAUGUGGAUUCAUUGAAAAUGCACUUUGUUGAAAAUGGUGCUGGAGGCGGCAUGAAGUCGGAGUCGGCGGGUAAAAUUCCGACCUUUGCAUCGAAAUCCGCGAAACAAAUAUGGGCUUAUGAUGGAGGUGAAUAUGGUUUUAUGUCAGUUGAAGGAACGAAAGAGUGGUUGCAGCUACAGUAUCAUACAGCGGAUAAGAACUGGAAUUUCACUGAGAAGUGGGAAAACAUGACAAUUGGAGGCGUAGCAACCAAACACUGUUGGUAUAUUCCUCGCGAUGGCUCAGAAGGCAAAGCGUGCUAUGACUGGUCGGACCAAGGUGAGAUGACUCAGGUGCCGGUUGAAGAAUUAAUCGGCGAACAGAACGUAGAUUCUAAUUUGUUAUUCUAA